CUGGUCUCCCGUGAUUUCUAGUCACACCUGCUGCACCGCCACACCGGGCGCCUAGGCGAUAAGGCGAUAAGGCGAUGCUGCCAUGAGGCACCAAGGAGAACCCUGUGCUACCUGGCCAAUCAAGAUACGAUUUCUGUUUUGGGUAACUAUGCAUGCAGCUCCCCGGUCUACUUCUAUCAUCAUCAUAAACAUCGUCUGCUGUCAUUUCUCCUCGGUUUCUAUCAACUGGUUUGUCCUCGCCGUGGGGACCCUCUGUCCAACUCUGCUAUAUCAAGUCUCUCCUUACUAUGCAAUUCCUCUCGCUUUGACUGAGUAAGUAAAUCAACG